AUGAGAGAGAUUGAGCACUUGAAGACAUCAAGAACCAUCCGUUGGAGCUCUGGUGCGGCGAGAAGAACCAUUUACAAACAUUCUGACCUCAAUGCUCCUCGUCAUGGCAUGGUUAUCUUUGAGAAACUGACUGGAACAAUUACUAACCCAGAUUCCUCUUCUGAUCGGAUCUAUUUGGAUGUCGGGUUCGGUGGCGCAGCAUCUAAGCUCGGUUAUCAAUCUCCCAAGGCAAGGCUUGGCAUGAGGGACAUAGCUCUUUCUUCACACGGAAAGAAAGAGUAUGAGGUGUAA